UCCCUCUCUCUCCCCUCCCAGGGGCGUCCGCAUCCCAGAUCCACGAUGCCAGAGCAGAGCAACGACUACCGCGUGGUGGUGUUCGGGGCGGGGGGCGUGGGCAAGAGCUCCUUGGUGCUGCGCUUCGUGAAGGGCACCUUCCGCGACACCUACAUCCCCACCAUUGAGGACACCUACCGGCAGGUCAUCAGCUGCGACAAGAGCGUGUGCACCCUGCAGAUCACCGACACCACCGGCAGCCACCAGUUCCCAGCCAUGCAGCGCUUGUCCAUCUCCAAGGGGCAUGCCUUCAUCCUGGUCUUCUCCGUCACCAGCAAGCAGUCCCUGGAGGAGCUGAAGCCCAUCUACCAGCAGAUCCUGCAGAUCAAGGGCAGCGUGGAGAGCAUCCCCAUCAUGCUGGUGGGCAACAAGUGUGACGAGACGCAGCGGGAGGUGGAGACCAAGGAGGGCGAGGCGGUCGCCAAGGAGUGGAAGUGCGCCUUCAUGGAGACCUCGGCCAAGAUGAACUACAACGUCAAGGAGCUCUUCCAGGAGCUGCUCAACCUGGAGAAGAAGAGGAACAUGAGCCUCAGCAUCGACGGCAAGCGCUCCAACAAGCAGAAGAGGACAGACAAAAUCAAGGGGAAGUGCAGCCUCAUGUGACGGACCCGCUGCGCCCGUGGCCUCCUCUCCUCCACACCUCCCUCCUCCCCGUCUCCCUCCGAACGUCGGCCCCGAAGCUCUGGGCAGCGCUGCCCUGUCCCCCCCGCCCUGCCCGCCUCUCUGCAUCGUAUCACUGUGACUGCACCGGGGAAGCCGCUGUGCACACGGGAUCUGGCCCUCGCCUUCUCCUCUCCAGCCCCGCGGUGCCCGGCCCGGAGGCGCGUUCCUGGCAAUAGCGGGGCAGGGACCAGGCUGCGUCCAGCUUGCUCCUAGCAGCGAGCUGAGGGCCACGGGAGACGCCUCCGCCAGGGAAGUCCUGAGACCUGUUGUGUGUGCGGAUGCUGCCUUGCUCCAGCAUGGAUGCUCCCCGGCACACAUGCGAGUCCCGUGUCCUGGCAUGAAGCACGCGGAGGAUGCUGCCAGCUUCUCGGACUCUCCCCUGGGCGCAGCAGGGCCCCUGCCUGCCAUUGCAAACCAAACCCCGUGAAGGAGGGGGCAAACGCUGCUCUCUCACCCGUGUCCCGGCUGCCCCUUUGCUGUGCCGUCCCCGAGCACCGCUCUGUUCUACCCCUGCUUUCUUGUCUCUCCGGGGACUGGCAGCGAGCUCUGUCCGCCUGGGGCGGGACCCUGCCCGCAGCACAAUGCCCAGGUCCCCAUGGCCCUGCCAGGGCUGGGGCCACACUCAGGUCGUACGCACAAGAGACCAGAGACUCUCGUCCGUGCCGGCGCUGAUGCCAAGCUCUGUGUGGGCUCCCGGGGUGCUGGGGCACGAAGGGCAGGGGGCACCUGCCGCACAUUGGGCGAGGGUUGGGAGGCAAAGGGGAGAGCAGGGGAGCAGAGCGGGCAAGGUGGCAGAUGGUGGGGGGCUGCGGGCAUGCUGGAGGGGGGAAGAGGGCAGUGGAGGCUGGAGUAGGCCCUGAGGCGGCAGCAGGAAGGGUGCUCUGCCCCGGGGAAGAGGGUGCUGGACGCUGUGUCCAGCCAGCUGUUUCUUCCUGCUGGGGAAGGCUUUGCGGCUUCCAGGGGGGAGCUGCAGCCAGGCAGGGGCUGGUGGGAUGGGUGCAGGGCUCGGGGAGGGGGUGGGCAGUUGGGGCUUUGCAGGGGGGCAUUGGUACGCACUCCCCCUAAGCAGGGCCUGGCACGGCCUGGGUGCAGAGGGUGCAUCCGUGGGCUGGCAGGCGGCUUGGAGGGCGAUGGGGAAGAUGGGUGUGCACACCUGCAUGCCAGGGGGCUGCUGGUACACCCUGCACGUACGACUGCCCCGUGCUGGCACUAGCACGUGCGUGGCACAUUCCUGGUCUGAUCGCUGACCGGUUUGCACGCCCAGUCCCUUCUGUGCAGGCAUCACGCGUGUGCUUUCAGACCCAGGCUAGGUCCUGAGAGGGGCGAGUCUGCUGGCAGGGUGAAUGCUGGCCUGGGGGCAGCCCUGGGCACCUGCAUGGGAGGGAAUACGUCCCCUCUGUGCCCCCGGCACGCAGCCCUGCAUCCCCCAGUCCGCAGGCCUGUCCCCAGCCAGGGACGCAUCCCUGUGGGACCCAGUCUAGCCCAGCCCCACCCACAGCAGUGAGGCCCCAGGCUGGCAGCACCCCCAGCCU